CGGUAGUGCAGUGUAGUCAGUUGCGUUCUCUGGAAAACUAAGAAGAUUGGGUUUUUAGCUACCCGAGCAGGGGUUAUUGAGUAACAGAAAAAGCGCUAAAGUAGUAUCAAUGGAGUUAUAGAGACUUGAGUGGACAAACAAAAUGCAAAACUUCAAUGAAAUUAUUUAUGCAGUUAACAGUUUGUUAACUUUACACUUUGCUUGUGCAACAUCACCUACAAUAUAUACUUUUGGAAAGAGCUGUUCCUUACACCCACAGCAAAUCAAUGAGGACUUUUCGUUUUAUGUGGCAUACCACGGUGAUAAUAAAAGCAGUGAUAUUUGGUGUUCACACAUAGCUUUCAGUGGUCAUGGCACAAAUUCUAGGGACAAAUACCAGAUCUGCACAACUCCGAAAACAUAUUUUGAUCCAUCUUGCAGAAUGAUAUUAACACUCAGAAAUAGUUUAAACGGCACUGCGUUGAGGUCUUAUACGUGCGAGGGGAUUUCGAUGUCUAAAUUCUGUGCAAAGCAAGGAGAAGACCUGUAUAUUGUUGUGCAAUUCUUUUCUGCCAGCAAAUGGAAAAGGGAAUUCCUUUUUUAUGUGGAUGCUACAAAGAUGUAUAGUCAUGUGGACAUGGUAGCUGGAAUUACUGGCGGAGUGGCCGGAAGUUGUAUUGUGAUAUUCAUUGCUGUUUUCCUGUUGUGGCGAAAGAAAAAACUAUCCAGUCCCUUUCAGAGACAUCCAUUUGUUACAUUUUCCUGUGGACAAACACACUUGAGUGAAGAUAGUAAUCGAUCAUCGAUAACUUUGGAAGAGACAGAAAGACAGACAGACAGUCGGGGAUCUGAUUCCAGUCAGCUCCCAUCCGAAAACUUAUUUCCGUCAACUCCAUGUUUGGUAAUAAAUUACUCGUUCCAGAAUGUUCCAUCAACAUCAAAAGAGAACCGUGUUACAACCAACCUAGGAGCCCCUCCCCCGUAUGAGGCGAGUGCAGAUGCAUCAUUGAACCCUCCAGACUAUUCUUCACUGUACAUGUGAAAACAGAAAUGUGAGAUGGCUAAUCGAUGUUGCUGUGCCACUCUAACUAAAAUAUCAUUGCCAACAUUGCCAUACCCCAAAAACGUGUUCCUUUUGAUUGUCUUUCAAUUUAUGUGUAUACAUAUGCAAUUAAUCAAAAAGGUUUUACUGAUGUUUGGUUAUGCUGCACGUUAUAUGAAUUUUGAUAAAUAUUAUAUAAGUAUUAAGAUUUUAGUAAAAAACAAAAUGUUCCUAAUUAAAUUCUGGAGAAUUUUAAUGUGCUGAUAUUGAUAACCACCUUUUCAUGAAGUUCCAAACCCAGAUUGUUCAAUAGUAUUCAAUGUGAGUUAAAUAAACGGAUAUUGUGAAUUCAGCUUGGGAGAGUUAGAUAAUGUGUACAUGCAAUGAUCGGUUUUCUUCAGCUCGUUUGAUAGCUUAACUGAUCUUAAGAAUUCAUAUUAUGAAAUCAACCCUAUGUUCGGGGAAUUUACCACCAGGUGUUCUGGAUUCUCCAAAGAAAGCUAUACUGUUAGCAAUUUUUAUUAAAACUAUUUUUAUGAUAUUCUAUGAGCUGAUGCUAGAUAUGCCCGGUUCAUUAGUUUGCAAAUGUCUCAUAAAUGAAGAAAACAAUGAUCAUCAUACAUACGCUGUACAUGUAUGUAUGUUAUCUUUUCAAGUAUAUGUAAGAUGACAAAUAAAUCACCGUACAUGUAUUGAAAACGCAUUUAAUGUUGGAAAAUAUUGUAUAAGUUAUAUCUUUACCCGAACUUUCAAAUUACAUAAUGUAAUGAUUUCAAUUGUAUGACAAUGUAUGUACUUUGUUGUUUAAGAGACGUAGAGGUGUACAAAUGUAUAACCAUUAGAUGAUAUAUACAUACAUAUACAUAUCGGGCAAUUAUUUUAGCAGUUAUUCACAUCUACGUAUAAGUUUACGUGUCUUCAUAUAAUUAAUUACACAGUUAGUUAGUGACCUGAUACGGAAAAAUAAAACUCGUAUCGGACGAGGCGAAAAGAAAACCCGUAUCGGGUGAGGCGAAGCCGAGUCCUAUACGGGUUUUCUUUUCACACCAUGUAUUUUUCCGUAUCAGGUCACUAACUAACUGUGUAACGCAUUUAUCACGUCGAAAACCUCUAACUGUUUAUGUGGAGGUUUAUAGCAUACAACUUACCGCUUCGCCAAUUUUGUCACGGCUGCAAUUCCAAUCCAACAAUAAAUUAUUCCCUCAAUACGGAUUUUUCUUGCUUGAUACGGGUUUUUUUUUCACGGCGUCAUGUGAUCAAGAUGUAAAACUUAAACUGUACCAAUUUUGAUGCACCAGAUGCGCAUAUCUGUCCAAUUAGAUUUCAACAAUUUUGUCUGAGGCGUGAUAAAUAGUAUUCCCGUGGGGACCCGGGUUAGAAUAGGACCCCAGUACCCCUUGCUUGUCGUAAGAGGCGACUAAAUGGGGCGGCCAGUCUACAAUAUGCAAUGAAUGUAUUAGAAUUAUAAACAAAAUGAAUAUGAAUGUAUAAUUACUGUAAUGCAUCAUUAGUUUAAAACUUAUUUGAUAAUAUAUAUAUAUCUAUAUAUAUAUGUGUGUGUGUGUGUCUGUCUGUCUGUGUGUGUGUGUGUGUUAUUAUAUUAUGACAUUAUACAGCGAUAUGAUAUUCCAUUAUGACAUUAUACAGCGAAAUGUAACAUACAUUUGUUUUUCUCUUGCAAUGUGUAUACUAUAAACUUUUUCAGGGACUCAUCACUGGGAACUGCCUUGUUUUUCCCUUCUCGUUGAGUAGACGAUUCAUCUGUUAUGUUUAAGACCUGAAAAUAAAAGGAAGUGAAAUAAAACAGAACAUCUUGUA